UUUUUUUUUUGUUAAAUUAAUUUGUCUACAUUACCUUUGGUUUAAUAUCCUUUAACGGCGGCAUAAAAAGCGGUUUUAAUGCCCAUUGAUACAUGUUGUGGUCCUGAUGAGGAAACUAAAUUCCCUUCUCUAAAUUCCACAUGGACAACGAGGGCCAGAGAAGAGCUUGGCGAAACACCUUUCUUAGUAGAAUCAUCUCUCACCGCUUUAAAAUCCGAAAUUUCCUCUACAAAUCUUUCCGAUGAUUUUUUCCUGCGAUUUUUACGUGCCCGAAAGUUCAACGUGCGAAAAGCUCUUGAGCUUUUAAACAAAUAUCGCGACAUGAAAAAACACUCUCCAUCGUUGUUUCGCGUCUCGCCAGUAAUUGACAUGCAAUUUGUACUCGAAAUGGACAUUCAAACGGCAUUACCCAUAGACGAGACAUUCGGACGACAAAUCUACAUCUACAGAGUCGCAAAUUUGGAUCCAUAUCGCGUGCCAGUGGAUUACGUGUUCCGGAGUAACAUGUUAUGGUUCGAGACACUCAUUCGACAGGAAGAGACCCAAAUUGGCGGAAUAAUUGUCAUUUUGGAUAUGGCUGGUGUCCGUUUCGCUCAUGCUCGCUUUCUCACACCACAUUUAGCCAAACGCACGGUCGAAGUUGUGCAAGAAGUGUUUCCGAUGCGAUUCAAGUCGUUUCACGUGAUCCACGAACCAUUUUAUUUCAGUACAAUUCUUAGUAUGCUCAAACCAUUCCUUAAAGAUAAAAUUAGAAGCAGAAUUUUUACCCAUGGAUCCAACAUGAAAUCCCUCCAAAAACACAUCCCAAGUCAAUUUCUGCCGAAAGAGUAUGGCGGCGAGGCAAAUAUUUCGCUAAGUAACAGUCAUUGGAGACAACAUAUACUAAAAAAUGCCCAAUAUUACGAGACAUUGGAACAAAAAAUCUCGGAAGAGACCGAUUUUGUCAGGAAUGACAGACGAAAAGAAAGUUGCGUGUGAAUAAAACCAUUCUAAAAAUUCCUUUUAAAGCAUAUAUUUUUGAUAAUAUUUAGUUCCAUACGUGUUGGAAUGUGUAAA